UGCGGCCUCCGGGGCCCAAUCCGAAGGGGCGAUGGGGCUGGGGCACGCCGAGCGCGGGCAGCGGGGCUGGGGCACGGCACGGCACGGCACGGCACGGGGCAGAGCAGAACAGGACGGCUUGGCUCGGUUCGGUUCGGCUCGGCGUACGGGCGUAGGUUUUUGUUCCUGUCAAAAGACUGACAGCUCACAGAUGCUCCUGGGAGUCCCUGCUGCAUAGCUGUGAAGAGAGGCUGUUGCUGUGAUCUUCAGAAGAUAAGGUGUAGUGUCUCUGCUGGAAGCCUAAUUUCGGAUGUUUUGGAGUCCACCCUAAAUCCAUGAGAUGGCUGUCACCAUGCAGAUCUCCAAAGACGAGCUGGAGGAACUCAAGGAGGCCUUCGCCAAAGUUGACCUCAACAGCAAUGGAUUCAUCUGCGACUAUGAGUUGCACGAGCUCUUCAAGGAGGCCAACCUGCCUCUCCCUGGGUACAAAGUGAGAGAGAUCAUACAGAAGCUCAUGAUCGACAGCGACAAGAAUAAAGAUGGGAAGAUUAGUUUUGAAGAGUUUGUCUAUAUAUUCCAAGAGGUGAAAAGCAGCGACAUUGCCAAAACUUUCAGAAAAGCCAUCAACAGGAAGGAAGGCAUCUGUGCCAUUGGGGGCACCUCGGAGCUCUCCAGCGAAGGGACGCAGCACUCGUACUCAGAGGAAGAAAAAUAUGCCUUUGUAAACUGGAUAAACAAAGCCCUGGAAAAUGAUCCUGACUGUAGGCACGUUAUUCCAAUGAACCCAAAUACAGACGACCUAUUCAAAGCGGUGGGAGAUGGGAUUGUGCUGUGCAAGAUGAUCAAUCUUUCUGUUCCGGACACAAUUGACGAAAGAGCAAUUAACAAGAAGAAACUCACGCCAUUCAUAAUCCAGGAGAACUUGAACCUGGCGCUGAAUUCUGCAUCCGCCAUCGGGUGUCAUGUGGUCAAUAUUGGUGCGGAGGACUUGAGGGAAGGGAAACCCCACCUGGUUCUUGGGCUUCUCUGGCAGAUCAUUAAGAUCGGCUUGUUUGCCGACAUUGAGCUCAGCAGAAAUGAAGCACUGGCUGCCUUACUUCGUGAUGGUGAAAAUCUGGAGGACCUUAUGAAACUAUCCCCAGAAGAGUUGCUUCUAAGAUGGGCGAACUUCCACUUGGAAAAUGCAGGCUGGCACAAAAUCAAUAACUUCAGCACGGACAUCAAGGAUUCUCGAGCUUACUUCCACCUUCUCAAUCAAAUUGCACCUAAAGGUCAGAAAGAAGGAGAGCCUCAGAUCGAUAUUAACAUGUCGGGUUUCAAUGAGAAGGACGACUUGCGCAGAGCGGAGUACAUGCUGCAGCAGGCAGACAGGCUCGGGUGCCGGCAGUUCGUCACGCCGGCUGAUGUGGUCAGUGGCAAUCCCAAACUCAACCUGGCCUUCGUUGCAAACCUCUUCAACAAGUACCCAGCGCUUACCAAGCCUGAAAACCAGGACAUCGACUGGACUCUGCUAGAAGGAGAGACCCGUGAGGAACGGACCUUCCGUAACUGGAUGAACUCCCUUGGUGUGAACCCCCAUGUAAAUCACCUCUAUGGUGAUCUUCAAGACGCACUGGUAAUACUACAAUUAUAUGAAAAGAUCAAAGUUCCUGUUGACUGGAAUAAGGUUAACAAACCUCCAUACCCUAAGCUUGGAGCAAAUAUGAAGAAGCUAGAAAACUGUAACUACGCUGUUGACCUGGGAAAGCACCCAGCCAAAUUCUCCCUGGUUGGCAUUGGAGGACAGGAUCUGAACGAUGGAAACCCAACGUUGACACUAGCCUUAGUCUGGCAGUUGAUGAGAAGGUACACACUGAAUGUCCUUGAGGACCUGGGUGAUGGUCAGAAAGCCAACGAUGACAUUAUAGUCAACUGGGUAAACCAGACCCUGAAAGAAGCUGGGAAGUCCACCUCCAUCCAGAAUUUCAAGGACAAGACUAUCAGCACAAGCUUGGCAGUUGUGGACUUAAUAGAUGCUAUACAGCCUGGCUGCAUCAACUAUGACCUUGUAAAGACUGGUCAUCUAUCGGAAGAUGACAAACAAAAUAAUGCUAAGUAUGCAGUAUCCAUGGCAAGAAGAAUUGGUGCCCGAGUCUAUGCUCUUCCAGAAGAUCUUGUAGAGGUGAAACCGAAGAUGGUCAUGACCGUGUUUGCCUGCUUGAUGGGCAGAGGGAUGAAGCGAGUAUAAAGGGGUUGAUCCGUGUAAAAAAUUAAAACAAACAAGCAACAAAACGCAACAAAAACCCAACCUGCCACCCUGGGUGCAUGAGUAGCAGACCAGCUGUGUCCACGUUGAAAUGCUGUUGGCCUAGGAACUGCUGAAGUUCAAGGGAUGUUGUUUUGCUUUGCAAGACAAACGUAUCAAAAUUCUCAGGGAGAGGAGUUUUAACCAACAGAUGUGCUCUUUUCCCAAAGGAAAGUUUGACUUAUCAAGAGCUCACGGAAAUGCAUUCAUAACAGACGAGCAUCUUGCAGUGCUGCUCUGGAGCAGUUUUCACCUUGUUAUUUCUUCAAUACUUGGUGUGUAGUUCUUGAUAUUUUUUUUUCUUUUUUCCUUUCUUUUCCCCCCGAGGGCUAUAUAAGGUGGUUGGUAUGAGUUGUAAUGGGAAUGAAUUUUAUUUCUAUCUGCAAUCUGGUUUAAUUGCUGUCAUUUGGUUUAAGCACAUUCUAGGUUUGACCACUUCCUUAACUUUGCAAACAAAGCUACCAUACAAGUUGGGGCCCACAGGGCAGCUCACGAUGCUAAGUGAGAAACGUGUGACUUGGAAGAUGGAUCUUCUUCUGGUAUUCUCUGUACAUGGUGCUUUUUUUUUUAUACAUCUCACUAUUUUGAUUACUUCAAAAAUAAAGCAUGGCAGUUUUUUCUCUUGCUGCUUAUAAAAAAAGGGGUUUUUUUUUUGUAUUUUUAAGUUAGACUAUAUCUGAGAAUACCACCAUCCUUGAACUUCUCACAGUAACACCUGAUAUCAUGUUGCUGAUGGCACAGCUGCACGUGAGAAUGGAAGUGAAUGCAUUUUUGUAUGCAUCUUGGUUCAGUUGUGUGUACCUAGAACAUAAUUUUUACAAAAAUCUGCAUGAAAAAUAUAACUUUUUUAUUUAAAAUGCUGUUGGAUAUAAAACCAUACUACAUUGUGGGGAGGUUUUGUGCAGGGAAGAGGCAAAUAUUAUGAACAGCAGGGUUCAAUAAACUGAAGAGCAAAUGUGCUGGAAUAUAAAACUAUUUUUACAGAUGAAAGGAAGCAUUGUCGCCAAAGAAGGAAGCUGUAUCCAUAGGAGUUAAUAUUAUCUUGCUUUGGCAAGCUGUUUGCUAUAUUUUGAGAUCAUAUUGCUAUUCUGAGCUAUUCAAAGUGAUGUAAUAUGGUGGCAAAGCAUUAGUUGAAAUAAAAAAAAAAUAAAAUUAAA